CAACUGUUGAUUUUUACAAGGGAAUUCGUUUUAGCAAGUUCUGAUAGCUUGGUUUUAUAGUUUACCACAGUCUGCGUUUGACGGAGAUGGAAGUACACCACUGCAUACUUGAGGAAGACCUUUGAUCCGAGGUUCUAAAUAAAUUACAUACAUCAUUUAUAUAGGGAUAUAUCACUUCGCAGUCGUGUGUAAAGUCAUUCGUAUCUUACGAACAACUUUACCCCAACGGAGUUGGAAAUUAGUAGGCCUACGUUAACUGCAUUCGGAGAUUAGAUAAGCCAACUUUAUCUAUUGUCGUGCCCUUAAUAGGAUGCGAGGAUACCAGAGUCUGCUAUUAAAGAGAUACACCACUGCAUUCAUACCUGAGGAACUACUUCAUAUUGUGUAAUAAUUCCCUGGCAUCUCCAAGAAAUCUGUAUUUACCCUACCGGAGUUGGAACCUAGAACACCCACAGCAUCUGUUGAUGACCUAAACCAACUUCACUUACGGAUUAAAAGAGGCACACCACUGCCUUCAUUCCUGAGGUGGACCUACGUGAUCUACUAUCAUGUCCUUGACAGGGUGUAGGAUUCCCAGGAGAUGGCUCGUCCUAGCCGUUGCCUUCGGGGGCGUGUUCUUGGAGCUGGGUACAAUGAAGUCUUUCGGUCUUUUCAUCAACGACAUGACACGCGACUUGCAGACGACCACGGCGAUACUUGGCUUGGCUUUCGGUCUAUCGAAUGGAUUCAGCUCCAUACUAGCAAUUGCAAAUAUACCCCUGAUGAAGAUAUUCUCAGCCAGGCAGCUAAUCAUUGUGGGAGCUGUUGUCGCCUCCCUUGGUUUGAUGUUCUCUGCUUUGAGCAAUUCUGGAGAACAUUUUGUCUGGACUAUGGGCAUUGCAGGUAUUGGCCUCAGCAUCGUGGUAUUUCCAGCCCACACAACUGCAACCCUGGACUACUUCCCCGACAAUUUUGAGAAGGCGGUUAGUGUGAUACUGACGGGUGGCGGCCUAGGAAUGAUGUUGCUUCCACUCCUUGUUGAACAACUACAUGAGGAAUAUGGCUGGCGUGGGGCCAUGGUCAUACUAGGUGCGCUCAAUCUGAACUACAUUGUGGUUGGUGCUCUUAUGAAGCCAGUCAAACUGCAGAACCAGGAAGGGUCAAGGACCACACGUGCCACGGAAAGCAAGACAGCACAAGAAGGUUACUUAGAAGUAACACAGGUCAUAGGUCACGACUCCAACGCGGUGAAAGAAAGUGUAAACUUGCAAAUACCAAAAGUAGAAACAUCUGAGUGCAAUACAUUGAGCGGUAGACGUUUACUUCAAGCCGAAAAUGAAAUCAAGAUUGUGUCAGAUAUGGACACUGUCGAACAUGUCCUUGCCAAUGAGUUGGUAUAUCCCCGGAAAUCUUCAAUUGAUCAGAGCCCAAAGGAGGAGGGGACAACCAAGUCGUUCCCUCAAGAAAUCAGCCGAAGUGCUACUCGAUUUAGUGUUUGUAGCUCCAUUAAAAAUCUUUUCGAUGUCAGACUUUUCGCCGAGAACCCUUCUUUCAUGUUCCCAUUCUUUUUCGAAUUUCUAUUUGGUAUCACCUACACCUGUUGGAUCAUCUAUGUCAUCCCGAACGCAGUGGCGAAAGGGUACACCACUGCUGAGGGCGCUUUCCUAGCUACCGCCGGUGGUGCUGCGAACAUUGUUGGACGUUUGAUGAUUGGAUUCAUAUCGUCGCGUGACUUCGUUCCUGUGGAAAUGCUCUCUUGUAUCUUAAGCCUCACGGCAGCCACUGCGUUCUUCUGCAAUUCUUUUGCCUCAAGUUUCUGGUCCCUGGUUGUUUUGGCCUUCAUGAAUGGGUUUGCCAGUGGGGCCAAGAUUGUUAUGGGUAGUUUACUUGCGAAGAAAUCCCUGCCUCUGGAGAUUGUGUCCAACGGAAUGUGCUACCAAUUUUUCAGUCUAGGUGUAGGAAACCCCGUUGGUGGGGCCCUCAUGGGACUACUGUACGACCGUACGGAGACAUUUAUUCUGGCAUUCAAAGUGGCUGCCUUGGUAGAAUUAAUAUCUGCAGUUUUAAUACUAUUCCCUAUCUUGAUACGAUGGUGCAAUUCAAAAAGUCGUUGACGGAGGUAUGGCAAUAAAUUAACGCCUAUUUAAGAUAAUACAAUUUGAAUAUUAGAGAACACAUUACUUACUUCUUUCAAGAUCUAUUACAUUUAUGUUCUGGUACUACG